CAUCUCGACCCCCCCCCGCCACCCGCCUGCCGCCGUCGCCGCCCGACGCCCGCACCCCCGCCUGCCGCACGCCCGCUCGCAAGCCUCUCCGCCUCGAGAGCCUCGCCAGCCCGCGCGCGCACCCUCGCUCGUCACCACCACCCCGGUUCCCUCUAGAGAGAAGAUUGCAUUCCCCGUUCCGCGCGCCUCCGCUAGACUUCUGUGCCCCGCAUACAUACCACGCCACCGCCUUCACCUGUACUUUCCCUUUCCGCCAUGUCCUCCUCGCUCGCCACCUUCGCCGCCGAGGCCGGCAUGUCGCGCCGUGAGCGCAACGACCUGAUGACGCGCGAGAUGGCCGCCAUCCAGGAGCACGAGGAGAUGACGACGUCCGACGACUUCGACGCCAACGGCUUUGCCAGCGUCGUGCGCGACGAGAGCACGUGGGGCGCUGGCUCGCUCCCGGCCGCGCAGGGCCUCUACAACCCCGACGAGGAGAAGGACGCCUGCGGUGUCGGCUUCAUGUGCCACAUCAAGGGCAAGCCGUCGCACAAGAUCGUCACCGACGCCAAGAGCCUGCUGUGCAACAUGACGCACCGCGGCGCCACUGGCGCCGACGCGCGCGACGGUGACGGAGCCGGUGUCAUGACAGGCAUCCCGGACGCCUUCCUGCGGCGCGAGGUCAAGACGGACCUCGGCAUCGAGCUGCCCGAGCAGGGCCAGUACGCCGUGGGCAACCUCUUCUUCGACCCGCGCGACGACAAGGCGCGCGCCUCGCACAUCGCUCAGGUUGAGAAGAUGGCCGAGGACCUGCACCUGCGCGUGCUCGGCUGGCGCGAUGUGCCCGUCGACAACUCGCUCCUCGGCCCGGCGGCGCUGAGCAAGGAGCCCAAAAUCAUGCAGCCCUUCGUUGUGCUCGCGGACCACUACGGCCGCGAGGGCAAGAAGAGCCAGGGCGAGGGCAAGCCGUUCGACGGCCAGUACUUCUCGCGGCAGCUGUACGUGCUGCGCAAGUCGGCCACGCACGCCAUCGGCCUGCCCAAGUGGUUCUACGUCUGCUCGCUCUCCAACACCAACAUCAUCUACAAGGGCCAGCUCUCGCCCAAGCAGGUCUACGACUACUACCACGACCUCAACCACGAGCGCUACGCCUCGCACUUUGCGCUCGUGCACUCGCGCUUCUCGACGAACACGUUCCCGUCCUGGGACCGCGCGCAGCCGAUGCGCUGGGCCGCGCACAAUGGUGAGAUCAACACGAUCCGCGGCAACAAGAACUGGAUGCACGCGCGCGAGGGCCAGCUGCGCUCCGAGACGUUCAAGGACGAGCUCGACCUGCUGUACCCCAUCAUCGAGAACGGCGGCUCCGACUCGGCCGCGUUCGACAACGUGCUCGAGCUGCUCGUGAUCAACAACGUGCUCACGCUGCCGCAGGCCGUCAUGAUGAUGAUUCCCGAGGCGUGGCAGGGCAACGAGGCCGAGAUGGACCCGGCGAAGCGCGCCUUCUACCAGUGGGCCGCGUGCCUGAUGGAGCCGUGGGACGGCCCGGCGCUCUUCACCUUCUCCGACGGCCGCUACUGCGGUGCCAACCUGGACCGCAACGGCCUGCGCCCGUGCCGCUACUCGAUCACCGACGACGACAUCAUGGUCUGCGCCUCGGAGGUCGGUGCCGUCACCAUCGACCCGGCGCGCGUCGUGGCCAAGGGCCGCCUGCAGCCCGGCAAGAUGCUGCUCGUCGACACCGUCGAGGGCCGCGUCGUCGACGACCGCGAGCUCAAGCUCACGACGUCGCAGCGCGCCGACUUUGCCGCCUGGCUCGAGGCGCAGCUGCUGCAGCUGCCCGAGAUUGUCGACGUCGUGCGCCACGCCACGCAGAACGACAUUGCCGUCAAGCUCGACGACGAGCGGCUGAGCACCGACCCGAAGCUGCUCGCAUUCGGCUACACGGCCGAGCAGAUCAGCCUGCUGAUGAUGCCCAUGGUUGCCGAGGGCAAGGAGCCGCUCGGCUCCAUGGGCAACGACGGCCCGCUCGCGUGCAUGGCGCAGGCGCCGCGUCUGAUCUACGACUACUUCCGCCAGCUCUUCGCGCAGGUGACGAACCCGCCGAUCGACCCGAUCCGCGAGGCCGUCGUCAUGUCGCUCGAGCAGUACGUCGGUCCCGAGGGCAACAUCCUCGAGAUGCGCCCCGACCAGUGCCACCGCCUGCGCCUCGAGAGCCCGAUCCUCACGAUUGAGCAGUGCAACGCACUCAAGCGCCUCGACCUCGCGCACGAGGACUGGCCCGCCAAGACGAUCGACAUCACCUACGACAAGGGCGAGGGCAUCGACGGCUACGAGGCGACGCUGAACCGCAUCUGCGCCGAGGCGUCGCAGGCGAUCCGCGACAACUACCGCGUCGUGAUCCUCUCCGACCGCGGCGUCAACAAGGACCGCGUGCCGAUCAGCUCGCUGAUCGCCGUCGGCGGCGUGCACCACCACCUGAUCCGCAGCAAGGAGCGCUCGCGUGUCGCCCUGCUCGUCGAGUCCGGUGAGGCGCGCGAGGUGCACCACAUGUGCGUGCUCGUCGGCUACGGUGCCGACGCCAUCUGCCCGUGGCUCGCCAUGGAGAGCAUGAUGAAGGUGUCCCGCGAGGGCCUCCUCAAGGUCGAGCUCACCAACGACCAGGUCGUCGACAACUGGAAGCACGCCGUCGACUCGGGCAUCCUCAAGGUCAUGUCGAAGAUGGGCAUCUCGACGCUGCAGUCGUACAAGGGCGCGCAGAUCUUCGAGGCGCUCGGCCUCGCCGAGGACGUGAUCAAGCGCUGCUUCGUCGGCACGGCGUCGCGCAUCCAGGGCUCGGACUUCCUGCUGCUGGCCAUGGACGCGCUCGAGUUCCACGACCGUGGCUACCCGAGCCGCGACACGAUCAGCAUCGCCGGCUUGCCGGAGUCGGGCGAGUACCACUGGCGCGACGGUGGCGAGGCGCACAUCAACGACCCCGUCUCGAUUGCCAACCUGCAGGACGCCGCGCGCGAGAAGAACCAGAACGCCUGGGACACGUACUCCAAGGCGGCGCACAACGCCAUCAAGGCGACGUCGCUGCGUGGCCUGCUCGAGUUCGACUACGGCAAGGUGCGCCCCAUUCCCGUCGACCAGGUCGAGCCGUGGACGGAGAUCGUGCAGCGCUUCUGCACGGGCGCCAUGUCGUACGGCUCCAUCUCCAUGGAGGCGCACUCGGCGCUCGCCAUCGCCAUGAACCGUCUCGGCGGCAAGUCGAACACCGGCGAGGGUGGUGAGGACGCCGAGCGUUCCAUCCCGCUGCCCAACGGCGACUCGCUGCGCUCCAAGAUCAAGCAGAUUGCAUCGGGCCGCUUCGGUGUCACGAGCAACUACCUCGCCGACUCCGACGAGCUGCAGAUCAAGAUGGCGCAGGGCGCCAAGCCCGGAGAGGGCGGUGAGUUGCCCGGCCACAAGGUCUCGGCCUCGAUCGCCCGCACGCGUCACUCGACGGCCGGUGUCGGUCUCAUCAGCCCGCCGCCGCACCACGACAUCUACUCGAUCGAGGACCUGAAGCAGCUCAUCUACGACCUGAAGUGCGCCAACCCGCGCGCUCGCGUCAGUGUCAAGCUCGUGUCCGAGGUCGGCGUCGGCAUCGUCGCGUCCGGUGUGGCCAAGGCCAAGGCCGACCACAUCCUCAUCUCGGGCCACGACGGCGGCACCGGUGCCUCGCGCUGGACCGGCAUCAAGUACGCCGGUCUGCCCUGGGAGCUCGGUCUUGCCGAGACGCACCAGACGCUCGUGCUCAACGACCUGCGUGGCCGCGUCACCGUCCAGACCGACGGCCAGAUCCGCACGGGUCGCGACGUCGCCAUCGCGUGCCUGCUCGGUGCCGAGGAGUGGGGCUUUGCCACCACGCCGCUGAUCGCGCUCGGCUGCAUCAUGAUGCGCAAGUGCCACCUGAACACCUGCCCCGUCGGCAUUGCCACGCAGGACCCCGAGCUGCGCGAGAAGUUCGCCGGCCAGCCCGAGCACGUCGUCAACUUCUUCUACAUGCUUGCCGAGGAGCUGCGUGGCAUCAUGGCGAAGCUCGGCAUGCGCACCAUCAACGAGAUGGUCGGCCGCGCCGACCUGCUCAAGGUCGACGAGAGCCUGCGCACGCCCAAGACGGCCAACCUGGACCUCAGCCCGCUGCUCAAGCCCGCGCACCAGAUGCGCCCGGGCGCGGCGACGUACAAGGUCCGCCAGCAGGACCACCGUCUCUACGUCCGCCUCGACAACAAGUUCAUCUCGGAGGCCGAGCCGGCGCUCAUGGAGGGCCUGCCCGUGCAGAUCGAGUGCGACGUCGUCAACACGGACCGUGCGCUCGGCGCCACGCUGUCGUACCGUGUCUCCAAGCUCUACGGCGAGGAGGGCCUGCCGCGCGACACGAUCCACAUCAACGCGCGCGGCUCGGCCGGCCAGUCGUGCGGUGCCUUCCUGGCGCCGGGCAUCACCUUCGAGCUCGAGGGCGACGCCAACGACUACGUCGGCAAGGGCAUGUCCGGCGGCCGCCUGAUCGUCUACCCGCCGAAGAACUCGCAGUUCAAGGCCGAGGAGAACAUCAUCGUCGGCAACGUCUGCCUGUACGGCGCCACGACCGGCAACGCCUACUUCCGCGGUAUCGCUGCCGAGCGCUUCGCUGUGCGCAACUCGGGUGCGCACGCCGUCGUUGAGGGCGUCGGAGACCACGGCUGCGAGUACAUGACGGGCGGCCGCGUCGUCGUGCUGGGCAGCACGGGCCGCAACUUCGCCGCCGGCAUGUCGGGCGGCAUUGCCUACGUGCUCGACAUGCAGCGCGACUUUGCGUCGAAGUGCAACCAGGAGAUGGUCGAGCUCGGCCCCGUCAAGGACCCCCACGACAUUGCCGAGCUGCGCAACCUCAUCGAGAACCACCGCCACUACACGGGCUCGACGGUGGCCGACCACGUCAUCCACGACUUCCACCACCUGCUGCCGCGCUUCGUGCGCGUCAUGCCGCUCGACUACAAGCGCGUGCUCGAGGAGGAGGCCGCCAAGGCCGCUGCGGAGAAGAAGCGCAGCAGCCACGUCGACCUGCUCGGCACACUCUCGCGCCACGGCAGCCAGGUCGACGUCUCGCUCAGCGAGCAGCGCACCGAGCUCAACCAGCAGAACGAGAAGGGCGAGCCGAGCGUCGUCGACGUCGAGGACUCGAUGGUCGACGACGAGACGGCCAAGGCGCGCCUCAGCAAGCUCGACAAGGUGCGCGGCUUCAUGAAGUACAAGCGCCUCGGCGAGCACUACCGCACGCCCACGAAGCGCGUCAAGGACUUCAAGGAGCUCUCGACGCGCCUCACGGACUCGGAGCUCAAGUACCAGACGGCGCGCUGCAUGGACUGCGGUGUGCCCUUCUGCCAGUCCGACACGGGCUGCCCGAUCUCGAACGUCAUUCCCAAGUGGAACGACCUCGUGUUCAAGGGCCAGUGGCAGGACGCGCUCAACCGUCUGAUGAUGACGAACAACUUCCCCGAGUUCACGGGCCGCGUGUGCCCUGCGCCGUGCGAGGGCGCGUGCGUGCUCGGCAUCACGGAGCAGCCCGUCGGCAUCAAGUCGAUCGAGUGCGCCAUCAUCGACAAGGGCUUCGCCGAGGGCUGGAUGGUGCCGCGCCCGCCCAAGGUGCGCACGGGCAAGACGGUCGCCAUCGUCGGCUCGGGCCCCGCCGGUCUGGCGUGCGCCGACCAGCUCAACAAGGCCGGCCACUCGGUGACGGUCUACGAGCGUGCUGACCGCAUCGGCGGCCUGCUCAUGUACGGCAUCCCGAACAUGAAGCUCGACAAGGCCAUCGUCGACCGCCGCGUCAAGCUGCUCGAGGACGAGGGCAUCACCUUCGUGCCCAACUGCUCCGUCGGCACCGACGUGCAGCCCGAGGAGCUCAAGGCGCAGAACGACGCCCUCGUGUACGCUACCGGCGCCACGUGGCCGCGCGACCUGCCCAUCGAGGGCCGCGACGCCAACGGCGUGCACUUCGCCAUGGACUUCCUGCGCCCCACGACGGCCGCGCUGCUCAACAACGAGAUCAACGGCUCGGCCGUCGAAGCGCUCGUGAAGGGCAAGGACGUCAUCGUCAUUGGCGGUGGUGACACCGGCAACGACGCCCUCGGCUCGUCGAUCCGUCUCGGCGCCAAGUCGGUGGCCAACUUCGAGCUGCUGCCCGAGCCGCCGGUGUCGCGUGCGCGCGACAACCAGUGGCCGCAGUUCCCGCGCGUGCGCAAGACCGACUACGGCCACCAGGAGGUCGCCGACAAGUUCGGCAAGGACCCGCGCACGUACUCGAUCACCACGACGAAGUUCGAGAAGGACGACGAGGGCAACCUCGCUGCGCUCCACACGGCCGCCGUGCAGUGGACCAAGGACGCGCAGGGCCGCUGGAAGAUGGAGAAGGUGCCCGGCUCCGAGAAGCGCUGGCCCUGCCAGGCCUGCUUCCUCGCGCUCGGCUUCCUGUCGCCCGAGAAGGAGGCCUUCGCCUCGCUCUCGCUCGAGCAGGACGGCCGCGGCAACAUCAAGGCCGACGACAACAAGGGCAAGAGCCCGUACGCCACCUCGGUGCCCAACGUCUACGCGUGCGGCGACGCCCGUCGCGGCCAGUCGCUCAUCGUGUGGGGCAUCCAGGAGGGCCGUGCCUGCGCCGCCGUCAUCGACACGCAGCUGCAGGGCAACACGCGUCUGCCGUGGGCCGGUGGCAUCCCGGCGCGCCGCUUCGACAAGUUCGUCACCAACUCGCCGCGCGAGAAGGUGGCCUCGGCGGCAUAAAACAGAGGGUGCCACAUCACCAGCCCUCUCUUCUCCGCGCGGCGUCGCCACGACGCCUCGCUCAGGCCGCCGCCGGUGGGCCCUGACACCGGCGCGGCGCAGGUUGCGACAGCCACCGGUCUUCUCUCACCGUGAAGCCUCACUCACAUAUGUCUCCUGCCUCUGCCUCUGUUACGUUUCAGUCUCCUGUUCCAUGUGCUCCGUUCCCGUGUCUCUAAGUCCUAGCAUGAAUGUACUCGUGACCUCUC